AUGAUAGAAUUCGUUUUAUUUUUAGGUCUACUUUUCACUCUGGGGGGACUGGCAGUGGCAUCCAACCCUUCUCCCUAUUAUGGGGUAGUUGGAUUGGUUGUGGCGGCUGUCGCGGGGGGUGGUUGGCUGGUAAGUUUAGGGGUUUCUUUCGUGUCUUUGGUACUGGUAAUGGUUUAUUUAGGUGGUAUGUUGGUAGUGUUUGUUUAUUCGGUGUCAUUGGCAGCUGAUCCGUAUCCUGAGACAUGGACGGAUUGAGGGGUUGUUGGUUAUGGGUUUGGGAUGGGUCUGGUUGUUAUGGUAGGGCUUGUUGUAAGUGGGGUGUUAGGGGUUCUGGCGGAUGUAAGUACGGCUAAUGGUUCUGGGUUAUUGUCGGUUCGGGUGGAUUUUAGUGGGGCGGCUGUUCUUUAUUCGGAGGGGGCUGGGUUUCUUUUAAUUGGGGGAUGGGGGCUGUUGUUAACUCUGUUUGUGGUGUUAGAGCUUGUGCGGGGGCUGUCUCGGGGGGCAAUUCGGGCUGUUUAG